AUGAUUGUCUACGGAUGUCGAAACCGCGAUACGAAUACUAAGACCCAAGCUAAGUUACUCGUUGAACUUGACCAACGAUCAAAGGAUAUCCCCUAUAUCCAGCUGGCACGACAGCAACGGAUGCGGGAUAUCAAGGACCGCACAGGUUACGGAACUGGAGGGUUUCGACGCAAUGCCGGCCAGCGUUAA